UAAAUGCAUGUAGGAUUUCAAUUUUUCAAAUCACCAAAUUAAUCCAUCAUCUCUCUCGACUCUUAUUAACAAUGAAUCUCUCCGUUCUCCUCUUCCUCAUUUUCACCCUCACCUCUUGUGCCUUUGCAUCAUCUAGGGCCAAAGAUUUCGGCUACUCGUCGGCUGAUCUUGUGUCGGAGGAAACCUUACUCAAUCUCUUCCACUCCUGGGCAGCCACCCACGACAAACCUUACUUGAAUUCACCCAAAACGAAGUCGACCAAAUUUGAGGUCUUCAAGGACAACCUAAACCACAUUGUGGCCACCAACAAGAGGAGGAAGAGCCACUGGCUCGGCCUAAACGCGUUCGCCGACAUGGCCCAUGAUGAGUUCAAACGCAACUACCUCGGACUCAACCCAAAACCAAAGUACUCGACUCAUACGAGAAGCACGACCUUCAUGUAUGAGAAUGUGACGAACUUGCCCAAGUCGAUUGAUUGGCGUACAAAAGGGGCUGUCACGCCUGUUAAGAACCAAGGCGGAUGCGGGAGCUGUUGGGCCUUCUCGACAGUUGCAGCCAUGGAGGGCAUAAAUCAAAUUGUGACUGGGAACUUGACAUCAUUAUCCGUGCAAGAACUUAUCGACUGUGAUAUAAAGUUCGACGAAGGCUGCAGCGGAGGAACCAUGGACUAUGCUUUCGCCUUCAUCGCGGCCGUCGGAGGGCUGCGCACCGAGCAAGACUAUCCAUACACCAUGGAGGAAGGCUCUUGCCAACCAGCAGCCAAGGGAAGUGAAGCCAAGAAAGUGAGCAUUAGCGGGUACGAAGAUGUGCCGAGGAAGAGCGAGGAGAGCUUGUUGAAGGCUUUAGCACAUCAACCAGUGAGCAUCGCCAUUGAGGGUUUUGGCAGGGAUUUGCAGUUCUACAAGGGGGGAGUGUUCGAGGGGCCGUGCGGGACAGAGCUCGAUCACGGAGUGACGGCGGUCGGAUAUGGGACGACGGUCGACGGCCGGGAGUAUAUCUUGGUGAAGAACUCGUGGGGGCAGGAAUGGGGGGAGCAAGGCUUCAUCAGGAUGAGGAGGAACCCAGGGAACGUGGAAGGGCUCUGUGGCAUGUACAAGAUGGCUUCUUUUCCUACCAAGAGCAAGCCGUGAUGCAAUUAAGCUAGCCUUUUUUUUAAGCGAUAUUAAUUUAUUAUGUUAUAACAAUGAGAAAUUCAAAGGAAAAAAAAAUGCAGAAUUGUUUGAUCAAAAAUUAUUAUCAGAAAAGUAUGCGAAAUG